GCGCGGUUCCACUAGCAUAAGGCUCUGUUCCACUGUAGUCGAGCUGGCAUCUCAUUCUCCAACUCGGUGUUAUUUUGCGGAAAGGAUCCUCCUCGUUCGUCGGCGAGAGGCAGAGAGCUCGUUCUUCCAUCUUCAUACAUCUCUCCACUACUGUUGAAAUUCGACGGAUGUCGUAGCCCGAUCCGGUGUUGGCAAUGCGUGAUUGUCGUGUUUACCUCGUGGCACGGCAAUUGUCCAAUAGCGCACAACAACGUUUCCAUCCCUGCACGUCAACCUCAGAAAGCUAUGCCCUUUUGUACAAACUGCUUGUGAUCCUGGCUUUAUUACUGAUUCUGACCCAACAGAUUGCCGUCCAGGCAUUACUCCGCAAAGUCCGAUGGGGAGACUACUAAUAGUGUGGUAGCCUGGGGCCUGAUCUUAAGUAUUUGUUGUUGAAGGACAUGGCGUUUGGGUUUGCCAGCAUAUCCCGUAACCUCGUUCCGAUACAGCUGAUUAUAAAACAAUCUGCCAGCUC